AUGAAUUCAUCGAAUUAUGCGCCACCUAAGAAGGUUAUGAACGACUCGGCUACUUCGUACUUUGUACAACCCGAAAACUACGAUCAAAACGGAAUGAUCACUUCUACUAUCGAACCAGUGGUAUUUCAACAACAAACGACAACAAAAUCGGAGAAAAGAUCGGAAUGCAUUGUCUUCAACUUUGCGAAAGGGUCGGGACCGACUAUAAACAUUCAAAAGUGUUAG